CAUUUUGUAAAAURUUUGGAAAAAUUAUCUCUUUGUCUUUUGAGUGAAAAACUGUUCUUUUGAGUUCAAUAUUCGAUAGAUUUUAACURAUAACUGACAGAAUGGGAGUUCCAGCGUUUUUUCGUUGGCUUUCGAGGAAAUAUCCGUCGAUUGUCGUGCAUUGCGUUGAAGAAAAGGCUAAAGAAGUAGAUGGAGUAAAGUUCCCUGUGGAUACAAGUGGUCCAAAUCCAAAUGACUAUGAAUUUGAUAAUCUUUAUCUGGACAUGAAUGGAAUCAUUCAUCCAUGUUGUCACCCAGAAAAUAAACCUGCUCCCAAGAAUGAAGAUGAGAUGAUGUUAGCUAUCUUUGAAUAUAUCGACAGAAUCUUUGCCAUUGUCAGACCAAGAAAGUURUUGUAUAUGGCUAUUGAUGGAGUGGCUCCCAGAGCUAAAAUGAACCAACAGAGAUCAAGGCGAUUCCGAGCUUCAAAGGAAAGCAGAGAAAAAAGUGAAGAAAUGGCUAAAAUAAGAAGCGAGCUAGCAGCAAAAGGAGCUUUGCUGCCUCCAGAAAAAGAUAAAACAGAGCAUUUUGAUAGUAACUGCAUUACUCCUGGCACAGAGUUUAUGGCCAAUUUGUCUGUGUGUCUGGGUUAUUACAUAACUGACAGACUAAAUAAUGACCCUGGAUGGAAAAACAUUAAGGUGAUCUUAUCAGAUGCCAAUGUACCAGGGGAGGGAGAGCAUAAAAUCAUGGAUUUUAUCAGGAAACAAAGAGCCAGCCCAGGCCAUGAUCCGAACACCAAGCAUUGCUUGAAUGGUGCAGAUGCUGAUUUAAUCAUGUUAGGCCUUGCUACUCAUGAACCUCAUUUCACCAUUAUCAGAGAAGAAUUCAAGCCAAACCAGAAGAGACCUUGUGAGCUUUGUGGACAAGUUGGUCAUGAAAUGGCAGAGUGCACAGGACUUCCAAAGGAAAAACAAGGAGAGUUUGAUGAGCUUUCCAAGCCAGUCAGCCAAGAGGUGGAGUUCAUCUUCAUAAGGAUUAAUGUUUUAAGAGAGUAUCUGGAAAGAGACUUGAGAUUGGAAAACCUACCUUUUGCCUAUGACUUUGAGAGAUGUGUAGAUGAUUGGGUUUUCAUGUGUUUCUUUGUUGGGAAUGACUUUCUGCCUCAUUUGCCUUCCUUAGAGAUCAGAGAGGGUGCAAUUGACAGGCUUGUAAAGUUUUACAAGAACGUUGUUCCCAGAUGUGGGGGUUACAUAACAAAGGAUGGAUUUGUGGAUUUAAAUAAAGUACAGCUAGUACUUCAAGAGCUUGGUUACGUUGAAGAUGAAAUUUUCAAAAAGAGACAACAGGAUAAUAUUGCAUUCAAGCAAAGAUUAAAGGCCAAAAAAGAUAGAGAAAAGAGGCAAAAAAUGAAUGGUAAUCCUCUGUGGACACCUGAUGGUCAGUUCAGUCCCCAUGCCCUUGGGUUCGGUACGAUUCCUGGAGCUAUCUCAUCACCAAGACAACAAGCCUUUGACAUGCGAAGACAAGGAAUGAAUUACACCCAAGACAGAGCCAACCAUACUGCAGCUGCUGACCUCAGAUCAAUGUUAACCAAGGGUGAAGAAACUAAGGGUGAGGCUAGUUCAAGUAGUAGCCAAGACAAUCCAUCCACGUCUGCACAGAGUAACAAAAGAAAGCUUGAAGAUGAUGACGAGGAGAAAGAUCCACCUGAUAACAUCAGGUUAUGGGAAGAUGGAUGGAAAGAGAGGUAUUAUACCAACAAGUUUGGUGUCAGUGAAGCAGAUGAAAGCUAUGAAGACUUUAGGACAAAAGUGGCUGAUGCUUAUGUGGAGGGUCUUUGCUGGGUGUUACAGUAUUACUACCAGGGAUGUCCAUCGUGGAAGUGGUAUUAUCCUUACCACUAUGCUCCCUUUGCUUCUGAUUUCCGCGACAUUGGAAGACUCAAAUCUACAUUUGAACGAGGAACAAAGCCAUUUAAGCCGCUGGAACAGCUGAUGGGUGUGUUCCCCGCUGCAAGUGGAAACUUCCUGCCUCCGACAUGGAGAAAUCUAAUGUCCAAUCCUGAAUCGCCUAUUAUCGAUUUCUACCCUAUCGAUUUCCAGAUUGAUUUGAAUGGAAAGAAGUACGCUUGGCAAGGAGUUGCUCUUCUGCCAUUUGUCGACGAGAAGCGUCUCUUAGAUGCUCUCGCCAAGGUGUACCCAGACAUUACUGAGCAAGAAGCUAAGCGUAAUUCUCUUGGAAAGGACCGUCUGUAUCUACGACAAGGCAAUCCAGCAUUUGACUUUUUAACAGGUCUGUACGAAGGAGAAGGAGCUAAAGAGCCACUUGAUCUGGUACCCGAUCUGGCUCAAGGAAUGUCUGGUAAAGUACAACCAGAAGAUGACCGGCCCAUAUUACCAAACACUGUUGUUCGGUCACCGAUACCAGGACAAUAUGACUUAAAAGAUAACAGAGCAAUAAGUGUUUUCUAUGAAGAUCCUUUCUUUUCUGACGAAUAUACGUUCAAAACCGCUACUCUACCCAAUGCUGUACCUCCAGCCCGCGUCCUUAAACCUGGUGACUUUGGUAACGACAAGCCUUGGAGGCCAGUUAUUGGUAUGAAUACCAACAGACAGUCAUAUGCAUCCAUAGCACCGCCAGGCCAUAGAAUGAUCAAUCAUUAUACCAACGACCGACAUCAACAAGGAUAUUCACGGCAAAGCGCAGGACCAAGGUCUAGUUACAACGACCGUCGACAAAGCUACCCUCCGUAUCAACAGCGUGGUAGUAGUUAUGGCGGGGGAAGCUAUCAGUACAAUCAGCGUAGUGCAGGCUAUGGAAACAGUAGCUAUGGAAACAGUUACCAUGGUAACCAAAGUCCAUAUCAGGACAAUUACAGAAAUCAGUCAUAUCAAGGAAACAGAAAUCAGUAUAACCAAGGUAGUUAUGGGUACCAGUCCAAUCGCAGUCAGUCGUCGUUGCUGGGGCCUGGUCCUAGCUAUGGUGGACAAAGUCGGUACCAAGGACAAGGACAGCAACAAAGGCAACAGCAUCCUACAGGACGAGGAAAUCGGGGACACAAUUAUCCAUUGUCAGGCAACCGCUACAAACCCUACUAGAAAACUACGUUUCUUCCAUACACCUAGUGGAAUCACCUACAUGACAUAACUUACUCGAAAGGUCAUUGGCUCUUCUUAUGUACACUCCAGUAGCAUUCUAUUUCGUUUGGCAAACAUCCAACCAGUCUUAAUGUAUAGCUUUUUUAUAAAGGGGCAAAGGUGGAUGGCGAUUGGUGAUUGGCUAGUGCAAGAUCGGAAAGAAACUGUGGGCAUACUUCUAAAACAAAACACUAAAUGCGUGCUAUACUUUGCACUAUGAAUGGAUUAAUUCGUCCAUACGGUGGCCAUCUUGGAUCGCAAUGCAUUAUUGGGCGUCUAGGGGACAAAAUAGGUUUUUAUCAAUCAGACGUCACUUCCGGUAAUAGCUGCAUUUUUAAUGGCUUUUAGAAUCAUGGAGGUUGUUUUGAUCUCUUGUUUUCUGGUUUCAUGUCGUAGAAAUAGUCAACUACAAUAGGUUGAGGACUUAUUUUGACUUAAUAUCCGCUAGUUGCCCCUCAGUCAACCGCUUGUUUGCCCCCCAGUCAACUACAAAAAGUUACGUGAUUGAUGGUAAGCAAUAAAGCUUUGUUGCAGUAAUGACGUCGAUUGAUAUUAACAUCUCCUUACAAGAAAACGGAGAGGUUUUCAUAAACCCGUGAAAACAAAAUAAUUGAAUUGUAUGAAUUGUAGCUGAAUUGUAUUUCACGGAUUUAUGAAAAUCAUUCUACAACAAAUUUAAAAUAAAUAUGACAAACACACUAAACUCUAUAUAUUUAAGUUGUAGAGUGAUGGUAGAAUGCAUACCAUAUAUUCGUGAAAUACUUUGUAAGGAAUUGCACAAAUUUGCGAAAAUUAGUAAGUUCAGUAGACCUACAAAACUUUACAGUAAUUUAUACAAUUUUGUUAGUUAACUUUUUCACAGAUACAUGGCAUGCACUCUAGCAUAUUUUAGCAAAAUUUAGUAUUAUUUAAGUUGCACUCUCUUAGCAUUUGCACUCCAGCUCCACAAUAACUUUUGUUUUAUUGACGAGAAGAGCACAAGCCAUUCCAGCAUGGAUCAUAGAGUCAUGAUAGACUAUUUCGAAAAAGGCUGAAGAGGCGGACGGCCUCUUGAUAAUGAAGAAUAGCUGGAAUCAUGGACGAUAAAAUGACUGUUUCUUUUAGAUUAAACGCAUUUAACCCGUGAGAUAAAAAAAUGUUCGUCCCGCUAACAAAAUCAAGAACACGGUUGAGAUAUGCUCCCUAAAUCUCCUUGGUCUCUUGAAGACGACCAACCUGAAAAUUUCCCCAAAUAAAUUAGACUCUUCCAAAA